CAGCCUCUUUUGCAACUUUCCCAAGUCUGUGCAGAGAAAGGAGGAAAACUCAGAGGGAAGUGGCCUCUUACCAACCCCUUUUACGUUCUCAAUACUGGCCAGAGUGAAACUGCCACUCUGGGGAACAGAGGCCCAGGCCCAGAACUCCCACCUGUGUGAGGCUGUGCUGCGUGCGAGGUCUCUGUUCAGAUCUGUCCUGUUGUUUGGCACUUCAGGCUACCUCUCAGAGCCGGACUCUGAAGAGCUGAAGGGCUCUGAAGCCGCUCAUGAAUCCCCGAAAGAAAGUGGACUUGAAACUUAUCAUCGUCGGCGCACUUGGUGUGGGGAAGACCUCGCUCCUUCACCAAUAUGUACAUAAAACAUUUUUUGAGGAAUACCAGACCACACUGGGGGCCAGCAUCCUCUCCAAAAUUAUCAUCCUGGAUGAUACCACCUUGAAGCUCCAGAUCUGGGACACAGGCGGUCAAGAGCGGUUCCGCUCCGUGGUAUCAACAUUCUAUAAAGGUUCUGAUGGCUGUAUCCUGGCAUUUGAUGUCACGGAUCCAGAGUCCUUUGAAGCCCUGGGUAUCUGGAGGGAUGACGUCCUGGCAAAGAUCAUCCCCAUGGAGCAGUCAUAUCCCAUGGUGGUGCUUGGCAACAAAAUCGAUCUGGAAGACAGGAAGGUACCCCAGGAGGUGGCCCAUGGAUGGUGUAAAGAGAAGGACAUGCCUUACUUUGAAGUUAGUGCCAAGAAUGAUAUCAAUGUGGUACAAGCCUUUGAGGUUCUGGCCAGCCGGGCUCUGUUGAGGUACCAAGGCACCGUAGAGAAUCACCUUGUGGAAUCCAUCAAGCUCUCGCCAGGCCAGCCAAAGAGCAGAUGCUGCUGAUUCCUGGGCUCGUCCUUCUGACUCUCACGGCAGCUGUGCAGGCCACUCGUUCCAAGCUCAACCCCACCCCAGCAUGCCCCUAGGAGGCUGCAGCAGGAGAGAACGUCACAGGCAAAUCCUGGCCCCAGAGAAAGCACAGGAGUCUCGGUGGCUCCAGCUCUCCUGCCUCCUCUCCCCUGACACAGUCCUGCUCCCCUCUGCAAACAGGCUGCUCCCUUGAGCCCUGUGGACCAAUAGCUUCAGAGGCAGUGCAGCUCUGCCUCCCUCAGUGGCCAGGCUGGGGAGCCAGAACAUGAACUACUCCUGACAGGCAGAAGCCAACAGGCCUGAGAUUUCCCUCAGCUUCUUCCAGGAAGAACUAAGGAAACAAGACAAAAGCUGUUGUUCCUGCUUCCUAGGUACUGGAACAGCUCCCAUAACUGACCAGGCCUCAGUGUGCCCACCUGGCAGAUGAGCAGUCCCACUGAGGUUUGAGGACCAGAAGAUCUAUUUAAAGUCCCACUUGCUGCUGCAGGCACACACGUUUACUCCUUCAGCGAGUAUUUUUUAUGCCUUCUAUGUACAUUGUACUGAGGACUGGUAACACACAAACAGACAGGAGUACUGAUCUCCCAAUGGCAUAUCUGGAGAAAGAGACAGACACAGCAAUGAGGUGCUGUUUUAGACAUAGGGGUCCCAGAGGGUUUUCCUGUGGAGGUGACAGCUGGAUUGACAGCUACGGUAUAAGCUACAGAAGAGUGUGUCAGGAGAGGGAGCAGCGAGGCCAAGGCCUGAGGCGGUGGACAGCAUGCUAUAUUCCACAUGAAAACUCUUUACCUGAAGACUCAAAGCUGCUGUCCCAUGGAAAAGGCCCCGGAAAUCCAAUCCUCGGAGGGCACCAUGAUAGUUUGGUGACUGGCCACCAGAGGGCAGAAGUGUCCUCUGUUUCCAAGCUGUGGCAUUUGUUCUGAGGUCACUUGCAAAGCUGGUUCUGGGAGUGUCAAACCUGGGUUUGUUGGGUAAGACUUCAAAGGUCCUGGGUAAAAACUUCAGGAUCCUUGAUUCAGGCAACAAAUCAAAAUCAGAGAGAAACCCCAGACCAAGAUACCUGGAGAACAUAUGGAUUCUGUGUCCUGAACAUUUCAAAGCUAUGACCUGCUUUUUCUUCUGGUGUCACACAGCACAGAUAGGGUGGCCCAGUCUGAAGGAGGUGGGCAGGAUGAGCUUUCAGGGUCUUCCGUGGUCAGGUUCAUGCCUUAUGCCUACCACAGACAUUUCCUGUCUCCUGAGUCCUAGGAAGGUCUGAGAGGUCAAUCUGAAAGUAUAAGAAGAAGUUCCUGACUCCAAAGAUUCACUGAGAGGCAGGUGACCAGGGACACUAACCAGGGGACUCAAGGGCCCCAUCUGCCCCUGCCUAGCUCUGGAGUAGAAAGCAAACCACCAUGGGCAGAAGUCACACUGUGGGCAGCAGUCACACCGUGGGCAGAGGUCACACCAUAGGCAGCAAUCACACCAUGGGCAGCAGUCACACCAUAGGCAGCGGUCACACCAUGGGCAGAGGUCACACCGUGAGCAGCAGUCACACCAUGGGCAGCAGUCACACCAUGGGCAGCAGUCACACCAUGGGCAGAGGUCACACCAUGAGCAGCAGUCACACCGUGGGCAGCAGUCACACCGUGGGCAGCAGUCACACCGUGAACAGAAGUCACACUGUGAACAGAAGUCACACCAUGGGCAGAAGUCACACCAUGGGCAGAAGUCACACCAUGGGCAGAAGUCACAGGAGCAGAGUACACCCCUAGCACACCACCAUCUGUAUCCUUCAGAGAUGAACAUUAUGCCCCCAUGUCACACACAGACACACAGACACACACACACACACACACACACACACAUGACUAUCCUGGGAGUCACACUGUGAAGGACGUGCAGUGUGUGUGAGGGUCUGCAUUAGCAUUGGCAUCACAAUGAACAUAUGGACCGGAUCUAAACGUACAACAACCAAUAAGCAUGUCCUUUGUUUUUAUCCUUUGUGGAGCAAUAGUCCUUCUUGGUCUGUGGUGGCAGGAUCAGGUGCUCAUGGUCGACUGUGGACUACAAAUAUUAAAUAACGAAUUUCAGAAAUAAUAACUUACAGCUUUCCAAUCACAUGUCCUGUGAUGAACAUCUGUGCCAUCCUGCCCAGGCCAGUCAUCCCUCUAUUUAGCGUAUCUACAGUGUCUAUGCUACCACCCACCAGUCACUUUGUAGCUGUCUCAGUUGCCAUAACAACUGUCAUCAUUCCCAAAGUCUCUAUUAAUAGUAGCCUAAAGCUAUGUCACAAUGCCUGUGUCACUCACCCCACUUUAUAAGGUUGAGAAUAGUACAAUAUUUUUGAAACAUAUGUCUAUGUCAUAUUUUAUUAUUGUGCAGUCUCAUAAACAUUUAUUUUAUUAUCAAUUAUUGUUCAUCUCUUGCUGUACCUAAUUUAUUCAUUAAACUUGAUCAUAGGUGUGUA